GUGGGACAUGCUGCUGGGACAUCUUUUUAGGGUUUGUCAAUUACGUCCGCCGUUUCAUUCCAAAUAUGGCAGGGGUAACUUCCCCUCUCACGGAUCUCUUGAAGAAGGGCACGUUCGCAGGGGGGGGGGAGAGCAGCAGGCUGCAUUAAAAAGGCUCAAACUUCUCCUGACUACACCUCUGGCUCUUCGGAUUGCGGAUCCUUACCAUCUGUUCAAGCUCAUCACCGAAGCUAGCGAUCUGGCCGUUGGCGCAGUCUUGUUACAAGACUUCGGCGAAGGCCUACAACCCAUCGCCUACGAGUUACGGAAGUUGAACCAAGCCGAGCGAAAUUAUCCUGUCCACGACAAGGAGUUACUCGCCAUCGUUCACACUUUCAAGGUUUGGCGCUGCUACCUGAUGGGCGCUGGCAUGACAGUCCGAACAGACCACAAGUCACUACAGUUUAUCUGUGCCCGACCGACACUGAACCCCCGACAGAUUCGCUGGCUUGACUAUCUCAACGGCAACGACACGAUCUUAGUCGUCGUUGAUCGGUUGCCGCCUGCAAGACAAAAAUUACUGCCGAGAAGAGAGCGAAACUGUUCCUCACAAACAUCGUGCGGCUACAUGGCAUCCCCUCGGCAAUCAUCAGCGAUCGUGACCCACGCUUCAUGUCCAGCUUUUGGACAAAAACAUGGCAGCAGUACGGCACACGUCUGCAUCUGUCCACCGCUUACCACUCGUAAUCGGACGGUCACACUGAGCGCACCAAUCAGACGAUGGAGCAGCUGAUUCGCACGACGUGCACAGACCCG